AAUCCAUAGUGUUAGUCAAUUACGUGUGUACCUACGUAUGGAGUUAAAUCUAGACGCACAACAACAGUGGGCUCAGUGCUUCUUGAUAAUGCACAGAUCAGGAAGUGUUAGCAGAGUGUGGGAUGAUUACGUCAAGUACGAUUCCAAAAAUUCUCCACCAACAAGAGAAACCGACAAGGACGACGUAGGCACCGAGUUUGUUACCUCGUACCCCCACGACGACUCGCCGCUCUCCUCCGCGACGUCCAAGCGAGAGAAAGGCGGCCGCUCAAAGCUCGCCGAGAAUGCCGUCCAUUUUAUCCCCUUGGUGUUGUUCCUUUGCGCUUUCAUUCUAUGGUUUUUAUCAAAUCCUGAUAUAGAGGUUCCGAUGAGCGGGGAGGCGGUGGCGGCGAGAAUAGAAGGAUUGACGAUAGAGGGGGACGUGGACAGCAGUAGUGAUGGCACUCAAACUGCAGGGAAUCUGCCUCUGCAAAAGACUACUGAUGAUGAUAUUGGCUUGACGACGACUAGAAAUCACAAUAAUGAUCAUAAUUAAUUAAUGCUACCUUCCUCGGUUUUUUUUAUUCCAUAUUAAUUUUUAUUGUCAAAAUUGAUAAAUUUUUACAGUUAAUUAGAUUCAUUUUAUUAAAAAAUUUCAAAAUAUUUUUUAAUCUAAUUAAUAUAUCACUACUCAGUACUCCCUCCGUUCUAUAAAAGUGCUCCUAUUUUGACUUUGUGUAAAAAUAAGGAAGUGUUAAAUUG